AUGAUGUUAUCGGCGGCGCUCUGUAGUGUUGAGCAGGAGAAGAAGCAGACGAGCAGCGGGCUGACCUUUGCACUUCAGGCCCUCCUCACUCGCCACGAGUCAUAUGUCACCGAGUCGCAGCUCGAACAUGAACGUCUCACAGCCUACAUCAACGAGUUGGAAAGGGAGAGGGCAACUCUACAGACGACCAACGAGAGGAUUGUCGUAGAGAAUCGCGAGCUCCGCACCCAGUUAGACACAGCCAACACAUCUCUGCGGGACAGCGAUAAACAUGUCAAGGGGCUUGAGGCAUUGCUCCGAGACAGUGAGUUGGAGAUCAGAAGGUUGAAUGGACUCACCCGACAGGCUGAAGAAUUAGAGCUCAAGAUACUUGACAUGGAGAAGGACCACGCCGUAUUGUUGCAAAAGGCGGGCGAUUCCAAAGAGGAAGCCCGAAACACCAUGAGAAGGUGGAAGGAGAGUGACCUUAGAGUCAGACAACUCGAGUCCGACAUCCAGCGGAUCGAAUGGGAGGCCAGACAAGAGAUGGAGCGACAUGAAGAACUGGUCGCGAGACUCGAGCGUGAACGAGUGCUCGAAAGGGAGUUGGGUGGCGCCGAAGGCAGACUCAAAGGAGCAGCUGCAUUGCAAGGUCUCAAAGGAGGCGCGACGGGGGCCAAGGUUGUCAGUCAUUUUGUGCGCGACAUUCUUCAGGACAAUGCGAACCUCCAGGCGGGGAUUGCCGAACUACGCGAAUUGCUCCAGACUUCCAACGACGAGGUGCAGAGUCUCCGGGAGCAAAUCUUCCAGCACCAACCGGUCGAGUACGACGACUCCCAAGAAGAGGGAGCCAGCUCGCGACCUCUGAGCGAACAACUUGGUUGGCCGGCACCACCGUUCAAACAGGUCCAACAAGAAGUUCAUGUUCAUCACCAUUAUCACGCCAAAAUCGCCGGGAAGAGGGAUCGAAAUCUUGCGGUGCGGAAACCGGUACGCAGGCGCGCGGUCAUGGGAGUCGGCACGCUUCCAACCACCCCAGAAUCAUCCCAUCCCACCACUCCGCUUUCCGCGCCUCAGCGUGUGGUUUCCAGUCCAGUCCUACCUAUCGCCCUUCAUUUUCCACAGGCUAGACGCCAGCGCUGGUCUGUACAAUCCGCUGCGACAACCUCGUCGGCAGUGUCGAGCUUCCCCAGUUCGCCACAGUCCUACUACGAGCACAACAGUUCCAUCUUCGAUCGAAUAGAGGGUGGGGAAGAAUCGUCCAGACCAACGAGUCCCGAAUCUGCCGCCGGGUUUGCCGAUCCACCGUUCCUAACAAUUCGUCGAAAGGCUUCAAUCGACGAAGGGUUGACAGACCCGCGAGAGGACGAUGACGAGGAUGAUGGUGAGGCCCGGGAUACCCAGCCGGAAGCGCCAUACCUGGCAUCAUCACCUCCAUUACAGGACAGUCUUCCUUCAGACUCGGAGAAGGACGAACCCAUAGAGUCAGAUUCUCAUGAACUAACCCCCAAACCCUCCCAGAUUCUCGUCACUGGGGGACCAGCAAAUGACCUUGUCGACCCAGAACCGCCAGACCGUGUUACAUCAGAUACCUCAUCAGCGUUCCCAGUGUCAGAGCCAAUCCCCUCACCUCUUACCUCGAUUCAGCAGACCACGGAAGACGUUCCAGACAAUCCAGACGAGCGGAAGCACAUAGGUGGCGUGUCAGGGCCUAGCUCUUCAUCUGACUUUGACGUUAUGCAUCAGCUAGCUAUCCAACCAGGUCGCCGUCGAGCAGGGUCCCAUGAGUCACUGGUCUCGAUUUCAGGGAUGGACAUACACCUUGCCAAGCGACCGACAACGUCGACUUCACAAUCAUCUAGUCUGUUGAAGGGCAACAAGGCGUAUUUUGCCAUGUCUCCUUCAGCCACACGAACAUUCUCCACCGCACCUCUGGCUACAGUGACCGAGUUCACCGCGUUAAGUUCGAUGAGAUCUCUCAGUGCAGAUGCCCCUGCGUGGACCGACACAGUUCCAGGUGACGGGCAGGCAUCGGACAGAAAUACCAGCAUGAGCGUUGAAGCAUUGAGCGGGCUUGUUGGCUUACCGACAGGGGCGUCGCAACAGCGGCACGCACCCGCUGGUGGACUAGGUCGCCUCGUGGGCAGCUGGGUCCGAGGAAAAUGGGGCAUUGCACCUGUGAAGUCAGGGGAUGAUUCGAGACCGUCGACUUCGGCAACAUCGGCGUCAUCAUCUUCAUCCUCGUCCCUAUCGGGGACGCAGGCAUUGUUGCCAUUCCAAUUGCCGGGUGGAAGGCCACCUGGGAUCAAUCAGAACGGAGCGAUCCCCGGAUUUAAGCCCACUCGGAAGCCACCCAGCACUGGAGUACAAGUGUUGAUGAUGGAUGCAGAGGGUUUGAAGGAUAUUCUCGCAGAGUGA